AUGGCAGACGUUGAAAUGGAUACACCAUUGGUCGACGCCAAGAAAGAUGACCAGCCGAAUGAAGAGCAACCGAAAGAAGAGCAACCAUCCGAAUCAGUUGCUAAUGCUAAUGCUGACACAAAUGCGAAUGUCACAUCAACGGCUGGUGAGGAUCCACAAUACGUCGAGAAUGAAACAUACAAAUCACUGAGGGAGCAACAAGUGAAUGCACCGGUCGCCACUGCAUUGAUGAAACUCUACGAAGAAACCAGCAUGGAAGCAAGCGAUGUAGACGAGAAAGCCAUCGAAGUUCUUCGCUCAUUUGCCAACGAUCAAGCAUGCUACAUAGUUGAUGAAUUACGAAAAUCAAAGCUCUUCGGUGUGCAGAAUCGAUCACAAUACUUGAUGUCGGUGAUGAGGAACUUUCGUGAUCGUGUACGGAACUACGGAGCGUCUACCGUGAUGAGCUCACCAAUUGUUGCUGGCCCGGAUCCGGAGAAGAUGAAAGAAAUUCUCGACCGAACUGGAUACAGUUUGGAAGUUACUGUUGGUCAGCGCAAAUAUGGAGGACCACCACCUGAAUGGGAAGGCCCGGCUACUGGUCCAACUGGAAGCGGCUUUGAGGUAUACAUUGGUCACAUUCCGCACGAUGUCUACGAAGAUGUUUUGAUUCCAAUUUUCGAGGAAGUCGGCAAAAUUUGGGAUCUCCGACUCAUGAUGGAUCCAUUGUCAGGCAAAAACCGUGGUUAUGCCUUCUUGACCUACUGCGAGAAGGAGUUUGCCAAGAACGCCGCAAAGAAGUUUGAUGGCUUCGAAAUUGCAUCGGGAAAAAACUUGAAAUGCAACGUUUCCGUGGCCAACAUGCGUUUAUUCAUUGGCAACAUACCCAAGUCAAAAUCCAGAGAGGAAAUUCUUGAUGAACUUAAAAGUCAUGCAGAUGGCGUUGAAGAUGUCAUAAUCUACACAAACCCGGAUGCUCCCGAAAAAGUGAAGAACCGUGGAUUCUGCUUUGUUGACUUCGUUGACCACAAAUCGGCUUCUGAUGCCAAACGAAAGUUCACUCAAGGAAAGAACAAAGCUACCAAACCGUUCAACAUUGGUGAAUUGGUUGUUGACUGGGCUGAACAACAAGAGGAACCCGACGAGGAGGCGAUGGGCAAAGUAAAAGUGGUCUACGUCAGAAACUUGAAAGAAGCUGUCACUGAAGAAAAGUUGAGAGAAAUCUUCGGACCAUAUGGCGAAAUCGAAAGGAUCAAAAAGAUGAAGGACUAUGCUUUCAUUCACUACAAGGAACGCGAUCCAGCCGUCAAAGCAAUCGAGGAACAGAAUGGCAAAGAGUUGGAGGGUGUUGCGAUUGAGGUCUCAUUAGCCAAACCCAUGAAUGAAAAGAAGAAAACGCGUGGCGGCGGUGGUGGUGGUGGUGGCGGAGGAGGAGGAGGAGGAGGCAACCGCGGACGAAGUGGAAACUUUGGUCGCGGGGGUGGUGGGGCAAAUAACAUGUUCCCCAACCGUGGAUUCGACAUGUAUGGUGGAGGAUAUGAUAUGGGCUAUGGCGGAGGUGGCGGUAUGGGCUACGGUGGUGGAUAUGGAGACUUUGGCGGUGGAUAUGGAGGCGGCUAUGGCGGAGGUUUUGAUGGUGGUUAUGGAGGAGGACCGGGUUAUGGCGGCUAUGGAGGAGACUUUGGAGGCCCUCGUAGGGGUGGACGUGGCGGGCAAAGAGGACGCGGUGGACCGAUGGGUGGCGGCGGACGAGGCCAUGGCGGAGGCGGUGGAGGACGAGGCGGCGGUGGAAGAGGCCGAGGAAAACGACCUGUGAUCUCAUUUGUAACAUCGAGCAAUUUCUUUUUGCGAAAGCACCAUAAUCGAGACAAGAAUUUCAUGAGGAAUUUGACGAAGGUGAUUGCGAGGGAUUCUUCAAAAGCCAGCAAUUUCAAAACCCAGCAAUUUCCAAAAGCAUCUGUCGACAAAAUGCAUUCAAAAACAAUGACGCCAACAACUGCCAGUGCCUCGAAAUCGGCCCAAAUUGAUCUGAUGCUCACCCCGGCGAAGAUCUCGUCGAAUACAACGCGUGCCGAGACGCCGAAAUCCCGCGAGCCAAAGAGCAUCAAACGUGUCCGUCGUCGCACUCAAAACCAACUCAACGCCACGCCAGCGAAAGCGACAAACGGGAGAAAAGCGCACUCUGCCUCGCCGCCAAUGAUCGGAUGCUAUGCCAGCAGCAAAUGGAGCGACAGCCCGUCAGCUAGAUCGAUCCCUCUUCCACCGAUCGCAUGGUUCGCGCAAAAAUCUGGCUCAUCUCUUGCUUCGACAUCUGACUCGGAAAGUGGAUCAUCGUCAGCGAAUGAUUCAAAUGAUUCAACCUCGCCUUUUCCUGAGCCUCGUCCAAUCCGUCUGUCGUCCAAUGCACAAGUCUUUUUGACUCCAAAGACGUGUCGUCAAGAUGAACAAGCGAAAAAUAUCGAACUCUCGUCAUCGGGUCGUCGAAUGUGUCCACUGAAGUUGAUCUCUGAAGUGAUGGCUCUCUCGAUCGCCAAU